AUGACUGUAUCCGAAAAGAUCCUGGCUAUUGGGACGGAGCAAGGCCGAGUCCACAUCCUCGAUUAUUCCGGCAACCAGGUCCGUCUGCUCAAUCUGCACAAAGCGCGUGUCAAUGAUCUCUCCUUUGAUAAGGAGGCGGAACACAUCGCCAGCGCAUCAAAUGACUGUACCGUCGUGAUCACCAACCUGUACACCGAGCAAACCACACGACACGAGUUCCAAACGCCCAUCAAGGUUGUGGCUUUAGAUCCUCGCCCCGCCGCCUCCUCUCGGAAGACGUGGCGGGACCUCGUGACGGGGACAGCGGGGGGAGAAGUCACGUUGCAUACACAGGGGUGGCUAUCGCGAGCCGACCAGCACCUGGCAGCCGCCGCCUCCCGCGAUGUGGCGGCGGGGGGCGUGCUGGCGCUCAAAUGGAGUGGGACCCUGGUGGCUUGGGUGUACGACAGUGCCGUGACGGUGUACGACACAAGCGCGCAUCAGAGCAUUCGUACCCUGCGGCGGUACGACCCGCGAGGCGGCCUGCCGUCAUCGUCGUCGUCGUGUGCGGCGGCCGUGGCGGCGGCAGCGGCGGCUGGCCAGUACUCUCCCUCUCCCUCGCCGCCUCAGCAGCAGCAGCACCUGAAGCCCACCUCAUCCACGCUUUCCGGCGCCGCUCCCACCACCACCGCCACCACCACCGCCACCGCCACCACCGCCGCUAAAGCAACCUCGGUUGCAUCCGGAGCUGUAGCAGCUGUAGCAGCGGGUGGCAGCACUAGCAGCAGCAGUAGCACUUCACAGCUAAGGCGCUGCUCUCUCCUCUUCGCGCCGGAUUCGCAUUUGUAUGUGGCUUGGACUGACACGGUGCUGGUUGCUCGGAUCUGGUCGUACGAGAACAACACGGGGUCUGCAUCACCUGCGGUUGAGCUGGUGGCGAGGAUGCGGCUAGAGGGGGAGACUGUGCUGGGCCGUGCAGCGCUGAAUCACAUCAUCAAAAUGAUCCUACGUUUUCCAUCCAGACGGAACAGCACACAAGUGUAA